ACGACUACGACAGGAAAACGAAAUAAACAUUUAACAGAGGUUGUUUCUAUAACUAUUUAGCACUAUGGAUGAUGAAAAAAUCAGUGUUGAUUAUUAUGAAGUACUAGAAUGUAACAGAUGUGCAAGUACUGAAGAGUUAAAGAAAAAUUAUCAACGUUUGGUGUUAACUUUGCACCCAGACAAACGCGUGGAGAAUAAGGAAGGUGCAUCAUUUUUACUCCUACAGAAAGCAUGGUCUGUAUUAAGAGAUCCUGUUUUGCGGAAGCAAUAUGAUGCUGAACUUGUUUGUAAAGAAAAUUCAGAUUUUUUAAUAUAUGAAACCAUAAAUAUGAAGGAUAUGAAAUUCAUUUUAGAUGAAUGUAUUUAUGUAUAUAGUUGUAGAUGUGGUGGCACCUAUGUAUUAGAGGCCUCUGAAACCCAACAGUCAACUGUUAUUAUUGGAUGUGAUGAAUGCUCUUUUUCUAUAAAAAUUUGUUUAUGACAUGCCUACUUAAUUAGUUAAAUAGUAAUGUGUGUAGCAAUUUAAAAAAUACUGUGAUAUUAAGACAUUUAUCUUAAUGUUUAUGUGCAGUCAGUUAGAACAAUUUAUAAUAUUAAAAGAACAUUAAACACUGCUUGCUAUGGUGGAUUGACUUGUUAUUGCAUAUAAAAAUUAUGCUCUAUUUGAUGACCUCCUUAGCCAAAUGGUUUGUAAGCCGGUUUCAAGGUUUCGCCAUCUCUGAGAUCUCGGGUUCGAUUACCGGUUGGGUCAAUGUAGAAAAUGCACUUUACGUCUCAAGGUGUUGUGGUAUCUUCAUUGUCUCAGAUACUCCAUAAUACAGGAGCUUUAGCUACUCAUCUUUAAAUCCGAGCAAUGUAUGUGACAUUGUUUAAUAUAUAUUUAUAUAUAUAUAUAAUAUAUAUAGUAUAAUAUUAUGUGUAUAUAUUAAACAACAUCACAUACAUUGCUAUAUACAAAAUAAAUAUUAAACUACAUUACUACGUCUUUGCUUUCCAGCGUCAAUAUAUUGACACAAACACAUAGUAACCUGCAAAACCAAAUUGGAUAUCAAGACUGGAAAAUCUUUAUAUUUUUCCAAGAAAAAAUAUCUUCUUUCCAUAUAAAUUGACUAAGGAACACCUUAUUUGUUACCAUGGACGUUUAUAGCAAUUAUUUAUAUAAAAAAAUAAAAGUAUUUCUGCUCUAAAACAAAACUUUGGUUUUGGGGGUUACUACGUGUUUCCUUUCCAGCGUCAAUAUAAAGUCUAAAUUUGUGUAUUACCAGAUUAGAAAAAGGUGUGACCCAACUUCAGUACAUGAAUUCUUAUCAUAUUGUUUUAAUCUUACAUCUACAUUCCUGGGGACUGUUGAGUUGUGUUUUGAUACCUGCA